AUGGCUGGGGCUGCCCAGGUCGCCACGAUGCAAGGGGACGUGGAGAGGCUGCUGAUCCUGUUCAAAGAUGAGGCUGGCGAGAUCCUGGGGUCCCCCUUUGACGUGCCCGUCGAUAUCACGCCCGAGAAGCUGCAGCUGGUCUGCAAUGCGCUGCUCCAGAAGGAGGAGCCGCUGCCCUUGGCCUUCUACGUCCACAAUGCUGAAAUCGUCACGUCGCUGGAGAAGACCCUGGCGGGGCAGGUGGUGGAGACAGAGAGAGUCCUCGACAUCAUCUACCAGCCCCAGGCUGUGUUCAAAGUGCGGGCGGUGACGCGAUGCACCAGCUCUUUGGAGGGGCACACCGAGGCUGUCAUCUCCGUAGCCUUCAGCCCCACUGGAAAGUACCUGGCGAGCGGCUCCGGUGACACCACCGUGCGCUUCUGGGACCUCAGCACGGAGACUCCACACUUUACGGCCAAAGGUCACAGGCACUGGAUCCUCAGCAUCGCCUGGUCUCCCGAUGGCAGGAAGCUCGCCUCAGGGUGCAAAAACAGUCAGAUAUUUCUCUGGGACCCAGACACAGGGAAUCAGAUUGGCAGGGUGCUUGCCGGACACUCCAAAUGGAUUACGUGGCUGUGUUGGGAACCACUCCACAUAAAUCCCGAGUGCCGCUACUUGGCCAGCGCCUCCAAGGACUGCAGCAUCCGCAUCUGGGACACCGUCACGGGCCGGUGCGAUAAGAUCCUCACCGGGCACACGCAGUCGGUCACGUGCGUGAAGUGGGGCGGAGACGGCCUGCUCUUCUCUUCCUCCCAGGACAGAACCAUCAAGGUCUGGAGAGGCCAGGAUGGAAUUCUCUGCCGCACCCUGCAGGGCCACGGGCACUGGGUGAACACCAUGGCUCUGAGCACCGACUACGUUCUCCGCACAGGGGCCUUUGAACCCGCCGAAGCCUCUGUCAACCCGCAAGACAUGAGUGGCACCCUGGCAGAACUGAAAGAGAAGGCGCAGCACAGGUACGACCAAGUCAGGGGACAGGCACCGGAAAGGCUAGUGUCUGGAUCGGAUGACUUCACGCUGUUCCUGUGGGCCCCAGCAGAGGACAAGAAGGCGCUGGAGAGAAUGACAGGCCACCAGGCAUUGAUCAACCAAGUGCUCUUCUCCCCAGACACCCGGAUAAUAGCCAGUGCUUCCUUUGACAAGUCCAUCAAGCUCUGGGAUGGCAGGACGGGAAAAUACCUCACCUCCCUGAGAGGGCACGUCUCUGCUGUUUACCAGAUCGCCUGGUCUGCGGACAGCCGCCUCCUGGUGAGCGGGAGCAGUGACAGCACGCUGAAGGUGUGGGACGCCAAGACGAGGAAGCUGGCCAUUGAUCUCCCUGGCCAUGCAGACGAGGUGUUUGCGGUGGAUUGGAGCCCGGAUGGACAGCGAGUAGCCAGUGGAGGGAAAGAUAAGUGUUUAAGGAUAUGGAGACGAUAGGAGCAGUGAAGAGAACCUGCCGGUUCUAACUGGCCCUGUCCGUAUGGCCGGGCCUGGCAGCU